AUGUCUGCAAGACCAAAUCACAAAGAUGCACGAGCCAAAAUUGACGACGACAAUGACGACGCGACUGGCCUCGUCUUUACCACGGCCGUUCCCUAUGCCUACAAAUUCCCAAGGCGGCGGACAGCGCUGGUCCUGAUUGACAUCCAGCGCGACUUUGUCGACCCAGACGGGUUCGGCGCCAUGCAGUGCGGCAACGCCGACAUUUUUGCAUCGGUCCGCGCCGUGGUGGACACGAGCCAGAGGGCCCUGGCGGCCGCGCGAUCGCUGGGCCUGCACAUCGUGCACACGCGCGAGGGGCACGCGCCCGACUUGUCGGACCUGAGCGCGGCCAAGGCGCGCCGGCAGGUGGACGCGCCGGGCGGGCACCACACCCUGGGCAUCGGGGAGACGGGACCCAUGGGCCGGCUGUUGGUCCGGGGCGAGUACGGCCACGACAUUGUCGACGAGCUGCGGCCGCGGCCCGGCGAGGUGGUCGUGGACAAGAGCGGCAAGGGCUCUUUUUGGGCCACGGACCUGCACCGCCGGCUCAUGGCGCGCGGCAUCACCCAUCUCAUUCUCUGCGGCGUGACGACUGAGUGUUGUGUGACCACGACGGCCCGCGAGGCAAACGAUAGAGGCUUCCAGUGCUGCAUACUGAGCGACUGCACGGGAGGCUUUGAUGCCAAUUAUGUCAAGACAUCGUUGGAUAUGAUAUCCGCUUUUGACGGCCUCUUUGGUUUCACAUCCACCAGCGGUGAACUGAUUGAUCAAGCAAAGAGGUCAAAUCUCCCGACUCCGCCAACAACCCCACCCACCUGGGAUGGCAAAAGCCUCGACCUUGCAACGCUAUCUUCCAUGUACAGAUCCCAUACAUUGACCCCUACAGAAAUGGUAGAGUCUAUAUAUGAGCAAAUAAAGGAAUAUGGCAAGAAGGAUCCAAGCAUAUGGAUCCAUCUCAGACCAAAAGAGGCAGUUCUCAAGGAUGCAGCGAAUCUCGAGGCAGAACAUGCUGGAGUCAGUAAGCACGAAUUGCCAGUCCUGUAUGGGAUUCCAUUUGCAGUCAAGGACAAUUUCGAUGUAGCCAGCAUUGAAACCACGGCCGCAUGUCCAGCCUACGCCUACACCCCCAACACGACUGCAGUCUCUGUACAACUGCUGCUCCAAGCGGGCGCGCUCUUGAUUGGCAAGACCAACAUGGAUCAGCUAGCUACCGGGCUGAACGGCUGCCGCUCGCCGUACGGUACACCGGCGAGCGUACAUGGCCACGGUAAAUACAUUUCUGGCGGCUCGUCAUCUGGAUCGGCAGUCGCAGUGGCCGCCGGGCUGAUCAGCUUCGCCCUGGGUACCGAUACAGCGGGGAGCGGCCGCGUGCCCGCCGCUCUCAACGGCAUCGUCGGAUAUAAGCCAACAAAAGGAACCAUCUCCGCCACUGGUAUCGUGCCUGCCUGCAAGAGCCUCGACACCGCUUCCAUCUUUGCCCUGUCAAUCGAGGAUGCAAGGCGCGUCUGGUACGUCCUUGAUGCAUACGAUCCUCGAGAUGCUUGCGCAAAGGCGCCUUCGGCUCUGCCUCUUGCCCUUGUGGACUACCGCCAUCUGAGCAAGAGAGGUUUCAAUUUUGCAGUGCCGCCAACAUCGGCCUUGUUGACCUGCUCUGCUGCCUAUCGGGCCGCCUUUGAGAAGGCAGUGGCCCGAUUGCAGUACAUAGGCGGCAAAAAGAUAACGCUUUCAGAAGAGCUGUACCAACCUUUCCGCAAAGCCACCGACUUACUGUACAGCGGCAGUCUCGUGGCAGAGCGCAUCGCUUGCAUUGGUCCUGAUUUUGUCACAACAAAACUAGAUCAGCUCCACCCGACGACCAAGGCAUUGUUUAGUGCUGUCCUUGAGAGAGAAUCAAAACCGUGGGAUGUGUUCGCUGAUCAAAUAGCGCAGGCCCAGGCAACGAGGCAAGUUGCCGAGCUCUUCUCGAAACAUGGAGGUCGAAUCGAUGUUUUGGUGACGCCGACGGUCCCCUCUCACCCCAUGAUAACAGAAAUGGAGGCAGAGCCCAUUUCACUGAAUGCCAAGAUGGGCGAGUUUACUCACUUUGGCAAUGUUCUAGAUCUUUGCGCUGUGAGUGUGGGAGCAGGAUUCGUUGAAGACGACAUGCCCUUCGCCAUUAGUCUAGUAUGUGCCAGUGGUAUGGACGGGAAUAUGUUUGAUCUCGCAGAAGCUUUUGAGCGGACAUGA